AUGGAAAGCUUGGGUUUAUUCUUACAUAAGAAAUUUGAAGCACUUACUGUUUUCAAAAGCUUCAAAAUCUGUGUUGAGAAGGAAGCUGGUGCCUUCAUCACUUGCCUUAGAACUGAUAGAGGUGGAGAGUUCACCUUUAAGAAAUUCGUUGAUUUCUGCACUCAACAAGAUAUAUCCAGGCAAUUGACAGCUACCUACACUCCACAGCAAAAUGGAGUUGCUGAACGGAAAAAUCGCACCAUUAUGAAUGCGGAAGUAACAUUCAACAAUGAUGCAGAUCAAAGCAUAUCAGAAUCAAUCUCUGAACAAAUUGAAUCUCCAGUUGCAAGGAGGGCAACUAGGAUCCGAAGACCACCUACGUGGAUGACUGACUAUGAAACAAAUCUGUUAGUGGAAGAGGAUGACGAAUUGCUAGCAAUGAUGUUGACCGAAUCUGCAGAUCCCCACACCUUUGAAGAGGCAUGUACAAGUCAACAGUGGAGAGAAGCUAUGAAGGUUGAAAUGGAGGCCAUUGAGAAAAAUAAUACAUGGCAGCUUGUAGAUCCACCAGCAGAGGUUACGCCUAUUGGCAUUAAAUGGGUUUUCAAGACCAAAUUCAAUGAAAAUGGUCAUGUAGAGAAGUAUAAAGCCAGAUUGGUGGCCAAAGCUUGA